GGCUUUAUGAUUUAUGAAUAUCUUUCCGUAGCUCUGUAGUUUGCUAUGAGAGUCAAGUGGAAUCCAUUGUUCAGCCAACAGCCAGCCAUUGAGGCUUCUCAGGCUUGCGCCAUGUACGAGAACUCGUGUUCGUAUCAGACGGCGCUGGACCUGAAGCGUGUAUCGCCACCGACACUCGCCCAGGUGAAGACCGAGGACUGCCUGACGCUGGGGCAGUGCUCGCCGGACUGGACCUCGUACCGCUUCCAUCAGUCCACCUUUGAGCAGCUGAAGCAGAGCGUGGAGAAGGCCAAGGCAGCGCUGCAGGAUCGCAGCAGUUUCUUCGGGGCCACCAGUGCUUUCAGCGACAUUUACUCCAGCCAGCGCCUGACAGACAGCCUCGACACCCUGCCCGUUCAGACCGGGAAUGGAGCUGGCAAUUGCCUGGGUUUGCCGCACAAUCACGGCCCUGGUGUCGGUGUGGGCGUCGGCGUUGGUGUGGGCGUGGGUGUAGGCGUGGCCGGAGUGCUCAACUACAAUGCGGUGACUAGCAGUACGGCCGGAGUGAACAGCAGUGUGCAGCGCCAUCGUCUGGAUACGUUGCAGCCACCCGCUGGGUGUUCGCCCGCCGGCACACAGCAUGGCGUCAUCACGUCCAGUGCUGGCCAGGUCACAUCCGGCACUUUGGAUGCGGUUAGUGCGGCACCGGCAUUGCCGUCGCUAACGGCGUCCAGCACAUCCCAUGUGGAGCACAAAGUCCGAGCAGAUAAAUCCUCGCUGGACUGCGCCACAACAUCCUCGCACUCCGCCGUGCCCUCGUCCUCGUCCGCCUCCAGCGACCAGCAUCAGCAGCAGCAGGGCAGGCACAGCGGAAGUAAGAGCAGCAGCAGCAGCGCCGGUGGUGCAGGAGGAGGAGGCGGUGUCGGUGUCGGUGUCGGUGGAACAACAGCAGGAGCAGGCAGCUCGGCACUGUAUUCCUCCUACAAAUCGUCGUGGGGUUCCCACAGUUCGACCCAAUCGCAAGGCUACAGUUCCAAUGCCUUGAGUAUCAAACAUGAUCCGCACUCGCAACUACGGCAACCUGAUCCAUAUCAAAUGUUCGGACCCACCAGCAGCAGGCUGGCCAGCUCAGGCUCCGGACAGAUACAAUUAUGGCAAUUCCUGCUCGAACUGCUGUCGGACUCGAACAACGCCAGCUGCAUCACCUGGGAGGGCACCAACGGGGAGUUCAAGCUCACAGAUCCCGAUGAGGUGGCCCGUCGCUGGGGCGAGCGCAAGUCCAAGCCGAACAUGAACUACGACAAACUGAGUCGCGCCUUGAGAUAUUAUUACGACAAGAACAUCAUGACCAAGGUGCACGGCAAGCGGUAUGCGUACAAAUUCGAUUUCCAAGGCCUGGCAGCUGCCACACAGCCUGCGGCCAGCGAUCCCACCUACAAGUAUCAGAGCGACUUGUUCAUGACACCAUAUCAUCACAGCGCCAAGCUCAGCUCGUUCAUGAGUCCCCACCAUGGCAUGACCUCGUCAUCGGCUUCCAUCUUCCCGUCGGCUGCCUCGUGGGGCAACUGGGGCAGUCCGGCCACGAAUCUAUAUCAGCCGCACUCGAUGAGCCAUGUGACGCCUUCUCAUGUGGCGCCGCAUCUGAGCAGCUAUCCCCACUACGCAUGACCAUCAUCGU